UUAACGGGCUCUUCCUGACUCUAUUCAAAUUGCCCCGCGGGGCGGGUCCUUACCUGCGUUUUAAGGACCGAGCAACAACUUGACCAUAGCAAAGAGAGACAGUCAUCCCCGCGGUGACGCACGGCGAGGUUCACGGAAUUAUACAGCGAUUUUAACAGAACUGCUUUUCCAGGGAAAUACCGAAAUAUCUUUUCGAUUUUCUGAAACAUGGAUAAAUAAAACCAGGCGGGGAAAAAAAAAAUCGGACCAAAGUUUGAGGAGACAUUUGGAGGUGAACUGGAUGAAUCUAAAAUCUUGUCAAUUAUAUAUAUUUUACCAAUCAAUUCAAUUUCUGUUAGAAACGUUUAAUUCGUUUAGUUCGCUUUGUUAAUAAAUACCCAUUUUUCGCGCGUCGGGAUCUGUCUUGAUGCCAAGAUUUCGACGUUGAAGCCACUGUUGAAAGUCCGACCAGCGCUCAGCGACACGCCAAGACUGCAGGGGUCGAGACCGGCCGGCCGAUCGCGACUUGUCGCGCCAGAAGGGAGGCUUGUGUCGGGGAUGUUGAGCUCGGUGAAGAUGGAGUCCCACGACAUUCCAGAAUGGAAUUCUUUCUACAGCGAAGCCAACGAGAUGUACUCCUCGGCCAGCUCCAUGAGCUCCGGCCUGGGCCCCAUGAACAGCCUCAACAGCUACAUCAACCUCAACCCCGUGGGCUCCCCAGCGGCCAUGAACAUGGGGUACCCCAGCGGCGGGCUGAACGGGGGUCCCCUGACGGCCGGCAUGCCCGGCGCCUCCAACCCCAUGAGCCUGUCCCCGGUCGCCCCCUCGCUCAACCACGGCUCGCUGACCCAGCUGGGCUCCCCGCCCGGCCCCCUCAACUCCCUCUCGCCCUACCAGAGCAUGAGCCAGCCCAUGGGGCAGCUGAGCUACCCCUCCCCCACGCUGGGCCGCGGCAAGGAGGUGGCCAAGCCCUACCGGCGCUCGCUCACCCACGCCAAGCCGCCCUACUCCUACAUCUCGCUCAUCACCAUGGCCAUCCAGCAGUCCGGCAGCAAGAUGCUGACCCUGAACGAGAUCUACCAGUGGAUCAUGGACCUCUUCCCCUACUACCGGGAGAACCAGCAGCGCUGGCAGAACUCCAUCCGCCACUCCCUGUCCUUCAACGACUGCUUCGUCAAGGUGGCCCGCUCCCCGGACAAGCCCGGCAAGGGCUCCUACUGGACCCUGCACCCCAACUCGGGCAACAUGUUCGAGAACGGCUGCUACCUGCGCCGGCAGAAGCGCUUCAAGAUCGAGGACAAGGCCGGCAAGAAGGGCGGCCCCAAGUCGCAGGACGCCGGCAAGGGGGCGCAGUCGGAUGGGGUGCAGGAGCAGCCCAGCCCCGACCCGGGCUCGGAGGGGGCUGACUCGGCCCACUCGGACAGCUCCCACGCCGGCUCGUCCCCCGAGGAGCAGCAGCAGCAGCAGCAGAGGAGCCUGAUCCAGUUGGAGUGCCCUCCGCCACCCCUGCAGGGCUCCCCGGCCAUGUCGUCCUCCCCCUCCAGCUCCCACCCCCUCUCCCAGCCCCUGGGGGGGGGCCACCUGCUCUCCAGCUCACUCCAGCACCUGGACCUCCAGAACGACCCGCUGAAGUCCAUGGAUCCUCACUACAACUUCAACCACCCUUUCUCCAUCACCAACCUGAUGUCCUCCGAGCAGAAGAUGGACCUCAAGUCCUACCAGGACCAGGUGAUGGCUUACAACAGCUACGCCGCCUCCUCGCCCGGGCCCAGCAAGCUCGGCUACGACAGCGCCGCCGCCGCCAUGGACAGCGGGUCCUACUACCAGACCCUCUACAGCAGGUCGGUGCUCAACGCCUCCUAACCCCCAGGCCCGCUGGCACAGGGGGCUCCUGUGCAAGAGGGGGUGAGGGGAGAGGUGUGGGGAGCUGGGGAGGUCAACGAGCUGGUCGUCGCUGGGAGUCGGGGUGUCGGGGCGGCCUUUCUGCCCCCGUCCCCCACCCUCAAGCCCGACCUGGGAUUGGUUCUGCUCCUGUCUGGACUCUCAGGGAUGUUGCUCAAGGACCGCCAAGGACGCACGACGAGCCGCCGAGCCUCUGACAGCGGGAGGCGAAGCCCGGCGGGAGCCCUUCCUGUCCUGCCCCAGACCGGACCGGGGCCGUGGGAGGAGGGGAGGGGCAGAAAGUGAGGUGCAAGUAAGGAGUAGCGAAACAAUAUCUUGAUCUCAGGCUUUUUAGGGAGUGUACAAAACUGUAAAUAUUUUCUGUGGAAAGCAAAAGGUGCAUUUAUUUAUAAAACAAAAAAAUAAUUUUUAAUAUAUCUUAUAUAGAACCAUGUUCUUAAAAAAAUACCUAUAAAUAAGGAAGAAAUAAACCCGUUGGAGGCGAGGAAGUGAGGUGGAAAGGGUUCAGGUUACUGUUUAGAGUGGUUGUUACUGCGUUACAGGGGGAGGUUUGCAUGGGUGUUACAAUGCAAUGGAUGAACUCGGUUCCCAGGCAGCUUGUAGCGUUUUCAGCAUCUGGAAAACAAAGACUUGCUGCUCCAUCGGCAGUGUGGACAAGACGGGGGAGAAUCUGUCAGAGAUCAUGCUUUCGAUGAAGGCAGUCAGCGCCUCGUGCUCGGCGCCCAUUUCUGACAACAAGGACACAAAAUGAAAAAACUGAACAACCUGGCAAGGCCCAGAGACAUUCGGAAGAGCAGAGCACUGGAAAACAUGAGAGGGGCUGCAGAACAGUUCAAAGUCGUUGGUUAGAAUUUCACAGUGCAAGAAAAUCUAUGCAACUUUAUUUGCCUUGAAUGUGUAUUGAUAAUAGAAACACCAUUUUACUGCAUAAUGAAUAACAUUAUGGCUCUUUCAAUAGCUGGACUAAGCUUAGCUGUUACACAAGGAACUACAUUGGUUUAAGAUUCUGCUGUUUAGUGGUGUAGCAUAAUGCAAACGUGCACAGUAAAAAUCACACUGUCUUGCACUACUGUUUCAACUGUUUUGCACUCUUAAUGAGCAGCGUGAAGGCUGUAAGAGAAUGGCCAGGCAGGGGGGUGACUCUGUUCUCAGAUUUACGACAUGAAUGUUGUGCUCAGGCACAAGAACCAAGUAAGAUAUUUUCUCUUUGACAGUGAGUUUUCGUGGGUCAAUUUAUGAAGCCGAACUCCUGACCGCUUUUCUUAUUAUUAACAAAAUAAUGAAUCUGGACCAAAGACAAAAGAAAAAUAACCACAAAAUACCAUUUCAGGUCAUUAUUGUUUUAUUUUUUUAAAAAGCAAUACAGAGCUGUUUAUUUAAAAUAUGUUGCUUUUUAAACAAGGAGGCUGGAGUGUGUUAAUAUAUCUGCAUUGUUAAGUUUGUUUUAUUUGGUUGUUGUUGUCGUUAUGUUUGUUUUCUUAUUAAAAGAAAAAUACAGAAGGAAA